AUGCCAGCUAUGAUGUUGGGAAAUGGUCUCGGAUCAAGUAUGUGGGCUCCAGGAAAUGCUCAACGGUCCACUUCCGCGUCUUCCUACGUUCCUCGAUCCGGGGAUUGGGAUUGUCGAUUCUGCUUUUAUCCCAAUUUCGCUAGCAGGCAGUCGUGUCAUCGAUGCUUACAGCCUCAGUUUCCUACGGGCCCUAGAUCUACUGGAGGCUAUGCUAUUCCUAAGUCUCGAGAAAAUGUUACAGUCUUCGAACAUGCAGAGACUCUCUCCCCACCACCACCAUAUACAGUUCUCGCGAACAACACCAACGUCCCCACAGCUGAGAGUAGGAUGCGUUCUAGGCGAUAUGGACUUGCGACGAGUCGAUGGGCGCCACGAGGUUCAUACAGUGACGAAGCAGUCAAUGAAGGCGGUGGACCACAGAUAUGGACGAGGACUGUUUCAAUCUCGAGAGCUGCACCUGAAAAUACCGCCAUCACUCACGCCCAUCCCGCUCCUGAACCUCAAGAUCUUGGUCUUCCCUACGAAGUACAGCACUAUAUUCUGACGAUGAUGGAACGAAUAUUAGAAGAAGCAUGUUUCGAAUUUGCAAAACGCUGGAUCCCAAAAAUUCUCUACGAACAAAACUACACAUGUUAUGAAGCAGUAGAGCUAGCACAAUGGAGGAGACUGUUACCCACACAUAUUCCUCGGCAUGCCCUCCAACAUGUUCCGGAUUACAACUUACAAAAGGCGUUAGCCGAUGCAGUACGAAUUCGAAACUCCGCCCAGCACAGACAUCUGUGCAACAACGUUGAGCUCCGACGCAUGGCAGAGCAAUCCGAAAAACUUAUGGUUAUGUUCUCGGAGCCCAUACGGCAGAGCAAAUUUAUUUACCUGCGUUUAGAGUUAGAAGAAUGGGACAAGCUAAGCACAGAGGAUCAACAGACUGCCAAGUCACGUUUGAGAUCGGUCUUGCAGGAAAUCAGUGAGAGGCCGGUAAGUGAGAUGGAUUGGACGCCCAAUUCAGAAUCACUGGAGGAGAUUGGUAUGCAAACGACUGUCUCUGUACCAACGCAGGAAUUGGAGGAGCAAUACCACGAUGAGAUGGAUUUGGAUUAA